AUGAGGAAGCAGUCGAGUGGUGACCGUGAGAACCAGACCACCUGGCUAAUCCUAGUGGGCUUCGGGGAGCUGCGACAACUGGGCUUUCUCCCCUUCACCCUCUUUCUGGCCAUCUAUGUGGUGACAGUUGGGUUAAAUGCCCUCAUCUUGCUGGCCGUGGCCUCCAGGCGGAUACUGCACACACCCAUGUACUUCUUCCUCUGCCACUUCUCCCUACUGGAGAUUGGCUAUUCCUCCAACCUCAUGCCUCGGCUAUUGUGGAGUCUCCUGGAAGGGAGGAAAGUCAUCUCACUGGUCAGCUGUCUGGUCCAGUUCUACAUGUUUGCCUCACUGGCGGCCACUGAGUGCCUCCUGCUCUCUGCCAUGUCCUAUGACCGUUACUUGGCCAUCUGCCACCCCCUCCACUACCGUGCCCUGAUGAGCACCUGGAUUUGUAGCUGUCUGGCUUCUGGUGCUUGGUUCGGCGGCUUCUUUUUUUCUGCCUUCACUCUGGCCCUGGCAGCCCCUCUGUCCCUCUGUCCUGGGAGCAGAGAGAUCAACCACUACUUCUGUGACUUUGCUCCAGUUGUAGAGCUUUUCUGUGGGGAUGUGGGGGUCAUGUGGGGAGCUGGAGUCAGCAUCUCAGCCUGCCUGACCCUGGCCCCAUUCCUGUUGAUUAUGGCAUCUUACACCUUCAUCCUGAGGGCUGUGCUGCAAAUACCUUCAAGCCAUGGGAGGCAGAAAGCCUUCUGUACUUGUUCCUCCCACCUCAGCAUGGUCGGGAUGUUUUAUGGCACCCUCAUCGUGGUCUAUGUGGCCCCAACAGACCACAUGGCCCCCUUGCUCCGAAAGGCCUUCUCUGUCCUCUACACUGUACUCACGCCCAUGGUCAACCCCAUCAUCUACAGCCUCAAGAAUCAAGAGGUAAGGAGAGCUCUUCAAAGGCUCUGGGGAAAGUUCAUCCCAGGACAUGCCCCACUGAAGGAGACAAGAUACUAUUGA